GAGAGGAAGAGAAGAUGGGUGGUUCGAGCCCAUUCAAAGACCAGAAUAAGCAACACUCGACGACGACGACGACGAUGACGACCUUCUUCUCCUUCUGGAGGUUCUUGCCUUACACCAUCUACGCCAUCCUUCCCAUGGCUCUCUUCCGCGUGUACUUCUACCCUCUCCCUGUCCCCCAGUCUCCCACGGACCGCCUCCCUCGCUCCGACCACAUCCUCGUUGCGCCUUCUCUCUCCUCUCCCCGUCAAGCUGAAAAACCAGGAGGUGAUGCAGUCACUGAAGCCCCUCCUCCUCCCUGUGACUACACCAAUGGCAAGUGGGUCCCCGACAAGUCGGGCCCUCUCUACAAUGGGACGACUUGCGGCACGAUAAAGGAUGGCCAGAAUUGCAUCGCACACGGCAGGCCUGAUUUGGAGUACCUCUAUUGGAGGUGGAAGCCCCGUCUAUGCCACCUACCCAGGUUUCAACCGACCAAAUUUCUCCAACUUCUCAGGAACAAAAAUGUCGCCUUUGUUGGUGACUCCAUGGCUAGGAACCAGUUGGAGUCUCUCCUCUGCAUGCUGUCCUCUGUUUCUGACCCCAUCCUUGUGUACAGAGAUGGAGAGGACAACAAGUUUAGGAAGUGGAAUUUCCCCGGUCACAACAUGACCAUUUCGGUAUACUGGUCACCUUUUCUAGUUAAGGGUGUGGAGAAAUCAAGCUCAGGGCCUGAUUACAACAAGUUGUAUUUAGACUCUGUGGAUGAGAGGUGGGCAGGCGAUUUAGGUUCGCUGGACAUGGUGGUUCUGUCAGUCGGGCAUUGGUUUCUUCAUCCUGCUGUGUAUUUCGAGGGUGGCUCUGCCCUUGGAUGCCAUUACUGCCCCGGCUUGAACCAUACUGAAAUCGGUUUCUACGAUGUGUUGAGGAAGGCCUUGAGGACUUCGCUUAAGGCCCUGAUUGCUAGGACCAGGGCUAGUGGCAGGGUGACGGAUGUGUUCGUGACGACGUUCUCGCCAUCGCAUUUUGAGGGCGACUGGGACAAGUUCGGUGCUUGUCCGAAGACGAAGCCUUAUCAAGAAGGUGAAAAGCCGCUCGAAGGAAUGGAUGCGGAGAUGAGAAAAAUUGAGGUGGAGGAAGUGGUGGCUGCGAAAGCAGAUGCGAGGGAUUUCUCGGGGAUUAGGCUCGAGGCCUUGGACAUAACCAAAUUGUCGCUGAUGCGGCCGGACGGCCAUCCGGGCCCGUACAUGUACGCCUUCCCAUUCGCUGACGGGGUGAAGGACCGCGUGCAGAAUGAUUGCGUGCAUUGGUGCUUGCCAGGGCCCAUAGACACAUGGAACGGGAUACUGUUAGAGGCGAUCAAGAGAUGGAACGGCGGAGAGAUGAACAGGUUAUCUCUAGAUCUAGCACGAUGAAUGAAGUUUGCAUCCGUCAUUCGAUGACUUCGGCAGUGGCUCGGUGGCGAAUCUUUAAUCUCCGGAACGAGACAAAUAGACGAGGUAGAACGACGAAACAAUUCCGUCUCGGAUGAAACGCAGUGACCAAAUAUGGAUCGCUUCGAAGGAAGACAAUGGGAAUGAUUGAGGAAACUGAAGGAAGGAAGGUUCUAAUGUUGCCAGAGAACGGGAUUUGUUUCGAAGAUGGUGGUGUGAUCUUUGCCUUAUGCACAAAAAUGAUACCACAGCUAGAAUUCAUAGAGGAAACUGAUUGCCUUUCUCCAGUUCUUUUAUUCUGUUCAUGGACAGAAAGUCUCAUCUUCGGUUAGUUUAGGGCAAUGUGCUAGACUUCAGUUUUUGUCUUGAAAGGAAUUUGUGGCUCUACCGCACUUGGUUGUCUU